AAGCAUUGAAAGUAUUGAGGUGUGGCCAGCGAAGACAGCUUCCUCUUCAGAAAGUUCAGUCUUCAACAUAUGCUGUUUCUCACAGGACACACCCCCUCGCUCACUGGGCGAGAUCCCUCCAUCAGAGUGAGGAUCAGAAGGAGCUGAGCUCAGCUGGAAGCUUCACCUGCAAACAUGGACACAAGUCUUCAGACCAGAGGAGAGACGCUCACAGGUGUGGACAGAGAGCAGGAAGCUCCUGCCUCUAAAGCCCCUCUGGGUGAGGACCAUGUCAGCCAGACCAGAGCUCAGAGAUCAGAGCCACUCACAUCAGAAGCUGCUGGACGAGGACACGGACCUGGACCUGCUCCCAGCUGUGUGUCUCUGAAGAGUGACAGGUCGAAGGUUCUUGGUAUUGAUUUCAAAGGUGGACAAGAGCCUUCAGGAGAGAGAGAGGAUCAGCAGGUCUCAGAUGUUCUGAGUCUCCAGUGUGUCCAGCAGCAUCAGACAGAUCUGGACUCCACACUUCAGCUGCUUGAGGAGACUGUCAUGACCCUGGUGAAGAAGGAAGUGAGGAGAGUCCAAAGGUUCCUCAGUCCAGAGGAUCCCAAAUACCAGGAUGAUGAGGAAGAGGUGAAGGUGAAGUGGGAUGAGGAGCAGAUGAGAAGCAGCAGAGAAGCUUUCCUGGACUUCAUCAUGAACCUCCUGAGGAGCAUGGAGGAGGAGGAGCUUGCUGGUCGAGUGUGGAGCAGUAGUCGUGCUGGAACGUGUGCAGGACGGCUGAAGAGGAGCCUGCAGAAGAAGUUCCACAGUGUGUUUGAGGGGGUGGCUAAAGCAGGAAACUCCGCCCCUCUGAAUCAGAUCUACACAGAGCUCUACAUCACUGAGGGGGGCACAGACCAGGUCAACCAGGAGCACGAGGUCCGACAGAUCGAAGCAGCAACCAGGAACCAGACCAGAGCAGAAACUACCAUCAGACAAGGAGACCUCUUCAAAGCCUCACCUGAGAGGGAGGGACCAAUCAGGAGCCUGCUGACGAAGGGCGUGGCUGGCAUUGGGAAGACCCUCCUGACACAGAAGCUGACUCUGGACUGGGCUGAAGACAAAGCACACCAGAACUUCCAGCUCAUGUUUCCUUUCACCUUCAGAGAGCUGAACCUGCUGAAGGAGAAGAAGUUGAGUUUGGUGGAACUUGUUCAUCACUUCUUUCCUGAAACCAAAGAAUCAGGACUCAGCAGCUUUGGAGGAGUCCAGGUUCUGUUCAUCUUGGACGGUCUGGACGAGUGUCGACUCCCUCUCGACUUCAACAGUCGGGUCCUGACAGAAGCUACAGAGUCCACCUCAGUAGACGUCCUGCUGACCAACCUCAUCAGGGGGAAGCUGCUUCCCUCAGCUCACCUCUGGAUAACCACACGACCUGCAGCAGCCAAUCAGAUCCCUCCUGAGUGUGUAGACAUGGUGACAGAGGUCAGAGGGUUCACUAACCUCCAGAAGGAGGAGUACUUCAGGAGGAGGUUCAGAGAUGAGGAGCAGACCACCAUCAUCUCUCACAUCAAGAGCUCACGAAGCCUCUGCAUCAUGUGUUACAUCCCCAUCUUCUGCUGGAUCACUGCCACAGUUCUGGAGGACAUGUUGAAGAGCAGAGAGACCAGAGAGCUGCCCAAGACCCUGACUGAGAUGUACAUCCACUUCCUGGUGGUUCAGGCCAAAGUCAAGAAGAUCAAGUACCAUGGAGGAGCUGGGACAGACACAGUUUGGGAUCCUGAGAGCAGGAAGAUGAUUAAGUCUCUGGGAAAACUGGCUUUUGAGCAGCUGCAGAGAGGAAACUUGAUCUUCUAUGAAUCAGACCUCACAGAGUGUGGCAUCGACAUCACAGCUGCUGCAGUUUACUCUGGAGUCUUCACACAGAUCUUCAGAGAGGAGAGAGGACUGUACCAGGACAAGGUCUUCUGCUUCAUCCACCUGAGUCUUCAGGAGUUUCUGGCUGCUCUUCAUGUCCACCUGAAGUUCUUCAACUCUGGACUCAAUGUGCUCCAUUCACAACAAACAUUCAAAGUGUCAAAACUCUUUAGAAACAAACGUCUUCCAGGACAUUUCUACCAGAGAACAAUAAAUGAAGCUGUAGAAAGUCCAAAUGGACAUCUGGACUUGUUCCUGCGCUUCCUUCUGGGUCUUUCUCUGCAGAGCAGCCAGAGUCUCCUUCCAGGUUUGUUGACACAGACAGGAAGUUGUUCCUGGACCCAUAAGGACACAGCAGAGCUCAUCAAGAAGAAGAUCAGAGAGAAAGUGUCUCCAGAGAGAAUCAUCAAUCUGUUUCACUGUCUGAGUGAAGUGAAGGACACUUCUCUAGUGGAGCAGGUCCAACAGCAGCUGAGAUCAGGACGUCUCUCCACAGAUCAACUGUCUCCUGCUCAGUGGUCCACCCUGGCCUUCAUCUUACUGUCCUCAGAGGAAGAUCUGGAGGUGUUUGACCUGAAGAAAUACUCUGCUUCAGAGGAGGUUCUUGAGAGGCUGCUGCCUGUGGUCCAAGCUUCAAAGGAAGUUCUACUCAGAGACUGUGAGCUGUCAGAGAGAAGUGGUUCCCUUCUGUCCUCAGUCCUCAGCUCUCCGUCCUCUCGUCUGACACAACUGGACCUGAGCUACAACAACCUGGAGGAUCCAGGAGUGGAGCUGCUGUCUGCUGGACUGAAGAGUCCACACUGUCACCUGGAGACUCUCAGCCUGAGCUGCUGUGAACUGUCAGAGAGAAGUGGUUCCCUUCUGUCCUCAGUCCUCAGCUCUCCGUCCUCUCGUCUGACACAACUGGACCUGAGCUACAACUAUGACCUGGAGGAUCCAGGAGUGGAGCUGCUGUCUGCUGGACUGAAGAGUCCACACUGUCACCUGGAGACUCUCAGCCUGAGCUGGUGUCAGCUGUCAGAGAGAAGUGGUUCCCUUCUGUCCUCAGUCCUCAGCUCUCCGUCCUCUCGUCUGACACAACUGGACCUAAGCUACAACUACCUGAAGGAUCCAGGAGUGAAGCUGCUGUGUGCUGGACUGAAGAGUCCACACUGUCCCCUGGAGACUCUCAGCCUGAGCUGGUGUCAUCUGUCAGAGAGAAGUGGUUCCCUUCUGUCCUCAGUCCUCAGCUUUCCGUCCUCUCGUCUGACACAACUGGACCUGAGCUACAACAAGCUGAAGGAUCCAGGAGUGGAGCUGCUGUCUGCUGGACUGAAGAGUCCACACUGUCACCUGGAGACUCUCAGCCUGAUCUGGUGUCAGCUGUCAGAGAGAAGUGGUUCCCUUCUGUCCUCAGUCCUCAGCUCUCCGUCCUCUCGUCUGACACAGCUGGACCUGAGCUACAACUAUGACCUGAAGGAUCCAGGAGUGGAGCUGCUGUCUGCUGGACUGAAGAGUCCACACUGUCACCUGGAGACUCUCAGCCUGAGCAGGUGUGAACUGUCAAAGAGAAGUGGUUCCCUUCUGUCCUCAGUCCUCAGCUCUCCGUCCUCUCGUCUGACACAACUGGACCUGAGCUACAACGAGAACCUGGAGGAUGCAGGAGUGGAGCUGCUGUCUGCUGGACUGAAGAGUCCACACUGUCACCUGGAGACUCUCAGGUCAGAACACAUCAUCUCCUCUUUUCAGUUCUGCUCCACAACCGGAAGGUUCUUCUGCUCUCAUGAUUGUUUUUUAGUUUUAGCACUGUUCCUCUUUCACCACAGUCUGUCAGGCUGUGGGAUCUCAGAGAGAAGCUGUGCUUCUCUGGCCUCAGCUCUGACCUCUAACCCCUCCCAUCUGAGGGAGCUGGACCUGAGCUUCAACCAUUCAGGAGGACCAGGACUGGAUGUGCUGUCUGCUGGAGUGGAGAGUCCAGACUGGAGGCUGGAGACUCUCAGGCUGGAUCACUGUGGACCACAGAGGUUAUCAUCUGGACCGAAGAGAUACUUCCGUCCACUCUCACUGGACCCAGACACAGCUCACCGGCGCCUCCUUCUGUCCAACAACAACAACAUGGUGGUGCUAGUGACGGAGGAUCAGGAGUAUCUGGACCAUCCCGACAGGUUUGAGCGGUGUCCUCAGGUGGUGAGCAGAGACGCUGUGACUGGUGUCUGUUACUGGGAGGUGGAGUGGAGAGGAAGAGUUUCUGUGGCCGUGACUCUCAGGAGAGACCGAGGGAAAGAAGACGAGUCUGAGUUUGGACAGAACCGUUAUUCCUGGAGUCUGAACUGCUCUGAUGAUGCUGGAUAUAAAGUCUGUCACAAUAAGAGAGAAACUGCCAUCAAGAGCUCAGAAGUCUCUCACAGAGUUGGAGUGUUACUGACUUGUCCUGCUGGAUUUUUGAUCUUCUACAGAGUCUCCUCUGGUGUCUGGACCCCCUUCUACACCUUAUUCACCUCCACUGAACCUCUGUACCUGGGAUUUGGACUCAGAGAGGCUCCUGGUUCUGGUUCCUUAGUGUGUGUGUAUGACCUGAGUGUGUGAGUGUGUUCCUCCAACAAACUGGUGUUGCUGGUUCAAAUCCCCAUCCAAUCAGCUGACAGUGAUGAAUGAAUCUGCUUCUGAAACAAACGUUGUCUUCUGCAGAAAAGAAGAAAAGAAUGUCAGAUGUUUGAAGAAGAUAAACUCUCUUUAAUUCCUUUCUUUUCUCCUGUAAACGUCUUCACGUCCUGCUCAGUGGUCUCUUCCUGCUCCUUCUAUCAUCACUGUGUUCAGUCCCUGAAAGACUCCUCCAAGUCUCCAUCCUCAUGUGAAGAAGACUUCAGCACAUUCUCAAACCAGUCUGUCGUUCUUCUUCCCUGUGGACAGAUCACAUGACAACAAUCUUCAUCCAUGAACUCUUGAACUGUCAGUCGACCUUCAGUGAAGAGUUCAGAUCAGCUCUGGAAUAUCUGAUUGAAUGACAACAUUUGUGUGAUGAACAUGUGUCGUUGAUGAAACUGCCACAUGUGGAUCAUCACUCGCCUUCACUUGCUGACUGAGGUUAUGUAUCAGUCUGUGUGUUCAGUGGUGCAUUCACUGACUGCCUGAGAUUCUGAAUGAAAUGAUCUUGAAAUGGACCAAACAAACAAAUCAACUAUGUCAGGAAAUGAAAUAUUGUUUGCAAUGGAGAUCAUAACCCUGUAACAUGUUCCACAGAGGACUCUCCACAGUCCAUUUGAAUUCCUCCCAUUGUGCCAUUGUUUCGGGAUGGAAAGGUGUUGACUGUAAACAUGUAAAUAAAAGACAUCAAAAUAGAUGUUUUAC